CGUUGUGGUGAAAGGAACAUAGAACGCGGAAGACACGUACGUUUUAGAAAAUAACGGUUUAUUCAAAUACGGUACCGUGCUCUAAUGCUUUGUGUUAUUCUCCGCCGAAGUGAGAGAACAAAACAAAUUGGAUAAAUAUAAUAAAUUGAAGCGAGUGUAAGAAAAGGCAAAAGUGAAGCGUUCAGACAUAGUAAAAUGGUAAGCAGGAAGAGUGAAAUAUAAUAAAAGGAGGAAAGAGUAUCUGAGUUUGUGUAAGUGUAUAUACAGAUAUGUAUAUAUGUGUUUGUGUUAGUGUAAGAAUGGGUUUUUAAGUUGCCGCGCUUCCGUCGACACAACUGUUGUCAUCGUUAAUGUAUAUGCGCUUUAAUGUAACGUAAAGUGUAUACUGUUUAUACAUAUGUAUAUACACGUGUGUAUGUGUAUUUAUGUGUUGCAUAAAAAUCAAGUGUCGUGUAUGAGCGAGUAGCAACCUAUGAUUUGUGCAACAGGAAGGUUUUGCGGCAGCCACUACUAAAGUGUGAAUACAAUUUCGAUGAGUGGCAAAGCGACGAAAUUAAGUAAAUAGUGAAAAUAAGUGACGCGCAAAGAAAAUCGAAGAGUGGGUGUGAUGGGUGUCAUCAUGUUGACACUAACCCCACAAUUGUGAAACCAAAGCGUGCAGGAUUAAUACCUACAGUUGAAAGGAGGAAAAGUUCCCCAAAAUCAUAAUAUUGUGAUAAAGUUUUCCGUUUUUUUCGAAUUUCAUGCAACCAAGCUGCAUAUCAAAUUAAAAAAAAAUAGUUUAUUCAUAAAAGUUUGUCAAAUACUUAAAAAAAAGUAUAUAAAUUUUAAAUACACUAUGGAAACGAAAACUAGUAUUUAAAUCAACAAAUGCAGUUCAUCUAUAACUAAAAUAUUUUUAUUUGGCAACUCUGGUAUUCGCGGAACAGAUUAGGCUGAGUGGAAGCGAAAAAAAUUGUCAAAUUUCAAUGAAAACAAACUAAAAUUAAAUUAAAUAUACCAAAACUAAUAAACACAUGUGUGCAUGAGGCGGAUUAAUCGCUUUCAAUAUCAAACACUAAAUAUUACAAUUACAAAAAAUAUAGAAAAUAAUCCGAAAAUAAAUGCAAAAUUCUAUAGUAUUCUAGGGAUGUGAGCGCACACCACUUCUAUAGCUCACCGGUACAUUUUGAUUACUUUCGACUAUCCCGCCUUUGGCUUUUCUGUUUUCCCGUUUUGCAUUUUUUCAAUUUCCUUUUAUUGUUGCGAAGUUGUGAAAAUACAUACCAAUAUCCGCAUGAAUUGCUAUGUGGCAUUAGAAUAUCACGCGAAUUCGAAUUCGCUAUAUCGUUUACUGUUAACAAUUUGCUCGCUUUGCCUACACGCCGGUUGAUGGGCGCCUUUGAUGUUGCCGAUGGUGGCAAAAUGGAUCGAUGUCGAAAUUGGUUUUGCGCGCGUAGUAAUAAUAAUGACUAUGCCGAGGUGGCCGUAAAUGACCCGCUCAAAAAUCUAACCAAUUCCAUUUCGGAUACAAUACGUGACCACGUGCGCGACAUGAGCAACAGCAAUGGUGGUGGUAUUAUGACCGCAGCGACCACAACGCCUCCACCAUCUAUGGCUACAACAACACCAAUGCACUCGACGACAACAUCGCAUGUGGUCACAUUUCUGGAUGAUGUCGGCGCGAGCGGUAGCAAUGGCGCGGUUACGACUAGUAGUCGUGUGGUAAGCCACACCGAGUUGCAUCCACCAAUGGUGGAUGGUAAUUUGGACGUAAUCGAAGCUGUAGAAGACUUCGCUAAUGGCACUGGCAUCGGUUUAUCGCUGUGUGAUGAUAGUGUGCCAUCAUCGAAAAAUUGCUAUCGCCUCAUUAUGCUGGGAUCUUCACGUGUGGGAAAAUCAUCGAUUGUGGCACGUUUUUUGGGUAAUCGCUACGACGACGCAUAUACCCCAACCAUCGAAGACUUCCAUCGUAAACUUUAUCGAAUACGCAAUGAGGUUUAUCAGCUGGAUAUACUGGACACGUCGGGCCAUCAUCCGUUUCCGGCAAUGCGGCGACUCUCAUUCAUGACUGGUGAUAUAUUCAUCUUAGUCUUCAGUAUGGACUCGCGAGAAUCUUUCGAGGAAGUAGUGCGAUUACGAGAAAACAUACUCGAAACUAAAUGGGCGGCGCUUAAUCCCGGUUCCGGCAUGAAGAAGAAGAGUUUGCCAAAAAUACCCAUGGUUAUUGCUGGAAAUAAAUGUGAUCUUGAACCAAAAAAAGUUCAACUAGACGAGGUAAUGGGAUACAUUGCCGGCCAAGAUAAUUGUUGCGUCUUCGUCGAAUGUUCGGCGCGACAAAAUUUCCGUAUAGAUGAUCUGUUUUAUGCACUUUUUAUGGUUUCGAAUUUACCAUUGGAAAUGGCGCCAAAUCACCAUCGACGAGUGGUAUCCGUAUUCGGAGCACCAUCACCUUUGCCACCGCACACAACGGUGGGCGGCUCGAAGAAGAAUGCGCUUUCGAUUAAGCGACGGUUCAGUGAUGCCUGCGGAGUGGUAGCACCGAACGCGCGGAGACCCAGCAUACGAACCGAUCUGAAUUUGAUGCGCUCCAAGACGAUGGCCAUGAACGAGGGCGAUGGGGCGGGUGUAGCGCGCAGGAAUUUGUGCGCGUUGAUGUAGACGUUAAAAUGCUUAGGAAUAUCUUUAUACACAUAAUCGUAAUAUUAUAUAUACAUAUAUAUUGGAGCGAUGAUUUCAGUAUGUGAUACAAUCAUAGAGCGUUCUAGUUAAACCCAUGCACAUUAGUUCAUAAAUAUAUAGCUUACAGUUAUAUGAAUAAACAAUUGCGUACACAUUAGUAAGCAUACACAUAUUCAAUACAGGUACAGACAUAUUUAUACACAUAAUGUCAUUUGAAGGAUUUUGAAAAUGCGUUGGAUUUAACACUGGAGCACUUCUUAAAGAGUGCUUCAUCUAAAGAUAAUAAUAAGAAAGUAGUAUUUUUAUUAUAUGAAACAAGAGUAAUUAUCUUAAACCGUUAGCAUUGCGUAAAUAUUUUAGGCUCAUGAAAACACAUAUAAGACACGUCUCAUCUAAUAAUAAAAUCUACUUUGCAUUUAUCUUUUAAAUUAUUUUCAUAUCAAAUUCAAAUAAUAAGAUUUAUCACAUACACUUGUAGGAAAACUUAUAAAUAUUUUAAAGUUCAAAAAAUAAAUAUAGAGUCAUAAUGAUAUUUUUUUAACUAUGUAAAUUUCAAAUCUUUUUCGUGUAUAAACCUAAUACUCUGAAUCUAAUGCAUUUAUGAAUUAAACCAAAUAUUAAGACUUUAAAGAUUUUUUUAACUAAUCCAAACUUAAAUUAAGCUAUAACUACUUAUGUAUUGUGCAUUUUAAAUAAUUUUCAAUUUAAUUUUAUUAAGAGCGUAAAAUGAAGAAACUAGAACAUUUCUCAUGUUUCUCUCACUUACUUUCAUCAAAUGCUCAACACUGUAAAAUUAAUUAACUAAUAUGAACGAUUAAUAUUUUUUAGAAAAAUUUCAACGACAAUAUUAAAUAUUUAUGUAUAUUUAAGACACGUUUGAAACACAUUUGUAUGUAUGAGUGCAUUUUAAAAGCUUUAAAUUCCUACUACAACUAAGCAUUUGCAAAUCUAUGAAAAGCUAAGCUUUCUUUACCAAAUAAUAAUCAAAAUCAAAGAUGUGAAACGAAUAUCAAAAGAGAAGAGUAUAAAGGUUUGAAAUGUUAAUGAAAAUGCACACAUAAAACUUGAAUAACAAUAAAACUAACAAUAUUAUGCUAGAAGGAAUUAAGACCACCACAGACACACCGAUUACUGUUCCAACAAAAAGCUUCAAUUUACUGAUAUUGUAUGCACACAAAUAUAACUACCAUAUGUUAGUAAAUGGCAAUAUAUACAUAAAGAAAACGAAAUAAUCAUAUCUAAAAACCCACCAAUGCUUACCUAUUACAUAUGUACAUGCAUAUACUAUAUACUACUUCUUUAUGAAUAUACACAUGUACUAUAUACGUAUUAACUUCCACUUACUUCUAAAUGUGGUUUCAUGCCAAACUAAACUAAAUUAUCUAAGUAACUAAAUUUACUAUCAAUAUACAUACAUACAUAUACAUACCGUACUACUUAUACACAAACAACAAGUAAUAACUAUAAAUGAAUAUUACAACAUAAUAAAGAAAUAACCGAUAUCCAAAAAUAAGUAAUAACUUUAUAAAGAUAUGAGAAUCAAUAAUAACUCAAUAAAUGGCUUUAACAAGUAGUUACAUAUAUAUUAUAUACAUAUAUUUAACAAAAGUAAUAAAAAUAUUGUAUAUUACAUUAAAUUUCGCGUUUAAGAGUUUAAAUAAACUUUGUUAAAUUAAUCGUGUUGAAAGUGAUCGAUAAGUUUAAGGCGCAAAUUUUACAAUCAAUCAGUUAUUAGAUUCCUCUUGAUAUUUAGUUGGGAAGUAAACAUAUAAAUGAGUAUAUACAUACAUACAUAUAUUUUAAAUUAUAUUAAAUACGACAUGGCUUUAAUAGCAUAACUUACACACGAGUGCAUACAAAAAAGACAGUAAAACACAAAACCAAACAAAUUUCGUGGCAAUCCGCUUGUUUGCAUCCAUUAGGUUUUGGAUUGUCUUUGUUAUAAAGCUGUUUAAAUAGCGUUUUCAAUAUACUUACUCGCUAAGUGAUCUGUCAUCAAUUGUAAGCGAAUGUAGGAAUAGAUUUUAUAUUGUAAAUAAAAUACGUUAAAUUGUUUUCAACAUAUCUGUUAAUUUUUUAAUGUUACAAGUUGAAAUUAUUAAUUUAAA